AGUCUAAAUUUACCGCAUAGGCAUAAAUCACUCAGAGCAAGGAGUGAGAGAGGGUGGAGGUGGAAACUCAAAGGAAUUGCUCAGUUGCAAUCAUCAACAAAUUAUAUAGUUUGAGUGUAAAUUGCAUUUGACGUCCCAACAAAUUAAGUAGCUGUUGUUCACGCGCGAUCACUGAUCAUUGAUCGUAUCUCCUCUCUUCCUUGUGCCGAGAUCUUUUUGGCAAAUCCUCAGCCAAACUUGCUGCACGAUUAAUAUUUUCGGCUGUAACGAUUGCUUGAGUUUUAUUUCUAAAGAGCCAGCUGGUGGUGGCAGUAUCUACUUGACCACGGUACCUCUUAGAUGGGAGAGCUUCUCGCGUAAUGAUCAUCUCCCCAUCAUAAACCAAAAAACCGCGAUCGUGUUGAUUAGUAUACAGCUAUUAACGAGGACUCCGCAAUUAUUUCAUGGGGCCAAGUGUUUUAAAAAUCCCCCGAAAAUUGUGAGAAAAUAAAAUGAAAAGUUAAUAAAUUUUUUUGGAAGGUGUAUUUUGCAAAAUUUGUGCAAAAAAAAAGACGAAUACUCCUUUGCGAAGCAUUAUUAUUAGAUCCAUUGAGUGGAUUCAGUGUCUCCGACGUCUUGUGUCUAAUUCGGUUCACCCAGAUCUUUAUAUUAAAACUGUGUGCGGCAACCUUUUCGUCUUACAUAAUUUACGAGUUGAGUGAAUUUUAAAUAACACACCCCUGAGAAUAUGAUGGGAUACUUUGUAAAAUAUCCUUGCAAUUGUGUGAGAUUUUUUCUCUUUAAAUGAUCGACAUUUGUGGGGAAAAUCCCACUGAAAACGGUGAAAAAGUUGUGAAGUGAAAAAUCGUCACGAGUGUUCUUGUUCUAAAGUUUCUUUAAAAGCUCCUUCAUCCACUAACAAUGUCCUGCUGCAAAGCAACAGAGCCCCUGUGGCCACCAAUAGAUAUGACCAAGCAAUCGGAUAUAAUGCGGGGUCCGGAGCAGAUACACGUUUCCAAAUUCUACAAAGAAAGCAAAGUUGGGAAGUUUGUCAGCUACAUCACGGAAGAUGCAAAGACACUCUAUGAGACAUUCCGCAAGGGUGUCUAUGCAUCCAACAAUGGACCUUGUUUGGGAUGGCGUGAAAAUCUUGCAUCCCCCUAUCAGUGGAUUAACUUCAAUGAAACCCUGUUGCGUGCAAAGAAUUUCGGAUCUGGUCUCAUGUCACUCGGUGUUCAACCGCACAAUCUCGUUGGGAUUUACUCACAAAAUCGCCCCGAAUGGAUCCUCCUGGAGCAGGGUGCGUACUGCUAUAGCCUUGUUAUUGUACCACUGUACGAUACCCUUGGGCCCGAUGCUUGUGCCUUCAUCAUCAAGCAGACUGAUAUGGCACUCGUGGUGGUGGAAGAUGACAAAAAGGCGAAUUUAUUGCUGGACAAGAGUCCCAAGACGCUGCGUAAGAUUGUGGCCAUUAAGCCCAUGCGACCGGCAACGCAGCAACGGGCAAGGAAUCGUGGAAUUGACAUUUUCUCCUUUGAUGAGGUGGAAAAGCUAGGGGCUCAGCGGGCACACGUUGAGGUGCCACCAAAGCCUGAGGAUCUCUGUACAAUUUGCUACACUUCGGGUACAACGGGUAAUCCCAAAGGUGUAAUGUUGACACAUCAGAAUGUUGUUGCGGGGGUCUGUGCUGUUCUUCUGCAACUAGGUGAUCAUCGACCACGCGUUGGAGACAUAAUGAUCUCCUUCCUACCAUUGGCGCAUAUGCUUGAGCGUUGCUGCGAAAAUGGCGUCUACUACUCCGGGGGUGCCGUUGGUUUCUACUCUGGGGACAUCAGGGAAUUGACAAAUGACCUCAAGGCCUUAAGGCCAACCGUGAUGCCAGCAGUACCGCGUCUCCUCAAUCGCGUGUACGAUAAAAUUCAAGCGGAAAUUGGUCAGUCUGGACUGAAAAAGAUGAUCUUCAACAUGGGCAUACGAUCCAAGGAAGCAGAUCUACGACGCGGAAUCCUCCGGAGGAAUAGCUUAUGGGAUAAGUUGGUUUUCAAGAAAGUCCAGGAGGCCUUUGGUGGGAAUCUCAGGCUAAUGGUUGUUGGAUCCGCACCACUGGCUGGUAAUGUUCUAACGUUCAUUCGCUGUGCUCUGGGAUGUGUUGUUUGUGAGGGAUAUGGUCAGACAGAGUGCACAGCACCAGUUACACUCACCGUUCAAGGUGAUUUUGUUCCUGAGCACGUUGGCCCUCCAGUUGCAUGCAACUACAUAAAACUCGUUGAUGCCCCUGAGAUGGAAUACUAUGCUAAUGAGAAUCAAGGAGAGGUCUGCGUUAAGGGUACCAAUGUCUUUGUCGGCUACUACAAAGAUCCCGAUAAAACCGAGGAGGUAAUCGAUGAGGAUGGAUGGCACCAUACAGGUGAUAUUGGGAUGUGGCUACCCAAUGGAACGCUCAAGAUCAUCGAUAGGCGAAAGCAUAUUUUCAAACUGAGUCAGGGAGAAUACAUUGUGCCUGAGAAAAUUGAAAAUAUCUACUUGCGCAGUCAAUACGUUGAGCAAGUUUUUGUUUACGGAGAGAGUCUCAAGAGUUGCAUUGUUGCCGUUGUAGUGCCUGAUGUGGACGUUCUCAAAUGCUGGGCUCAGGAAAAUAAUAUCCCUGGCACUUUGAGCGUUCUCUGCAAUAAUCCUACGGUGAAGGAGCUCAUCUUCAACGAUAUGCUCACAUGGGGACGUGAAGGAGGACUCAAGUCAUUUGAACAGGUGAAGGACAUUUAUUUGCAUCCUGAUCCGUUCUCUGUCCAAAAUGGCCUCCUGACGCCGACCUUCAAGUCGAAACGUCCAGAACUUAAGAGCUACUUUAAGCCCCAAUUGGAAGAUAUGUACAAACAAUUAAAUUAAAUAUCAACGUAAUCCAUUCGCCAUGCUGCACCACAUCUCAGCGAAACAAUAAAAAUUCAUAAAUGAG